UUGGAUAGAUUUCUAACUAAAAUGGUACAAUUAGCAUCAAUGCUCUUUGUAUGGAUCACCGUUGGAGCUUUACAAGCUACGCUGGGUUCCAAAUUUUACGAUGAUUCAAUUCCUGAACUCGGAUCUCCAUGCUUUCCUGGAACUCCAUGCAUAUCUCCUUGGCAGGUAUUCCAUCCACCGGAAUCCCAGCUUAAAUACUCAACACGUCCUCCAAAAGUUAUUUUCAAAAAAUCUACAUCAACGGACCUUUGUAUCAAUAAUUUCGUUUCCACUUUCCAAGAAGAAGUAAAGUCUUCUAAAAUCCUGUCUGAUUUCUUUGAUUCUUUCGAUGAUGUCCCUGCCAUGGAAUUUGGCAACAGAUUAUACCCAGAAAUCAUAGAUAGUUUAACACAAGUUAAGACUCCAAAUCCUGAAUUUGUCGCCCAACAAGCAAUUGAAGCAGUUGUAGAAAACUACGACAAGCUGUCUUCCGAUAUAGUGAUUCAAAUAUACGCCAACACGGUCGCCAAAUACUUAUUUACGCAAGGAGUUCUCACUCCUCAAAAUUAUGUCCAGUUAGCCAAAAAUUUUGCCAAGAUGAUAGAAGAAGCAGCCGUCGGCAAUGAUUCGCCGUAUGCAGCCCAUGACGAAGGAUUCGUGCGUUUCUUAGACUCUUUUGGCUUGUUUACUCCAGACAAAGCUCUUCUUGUCGCAGUUCAGUAUGGAAAUGAAUGGGAAAUGGCAGCCAAACCAAAGCGUGGAUGAGAUAAUAGCUUGCAUACCUGAAGAUCACUUAAUCAUUGCGUUCAAUAAACAUUAUCAUUAAACAAAAUAUUCUCUAGUGUAUCUAAAUCUUCACAGCUUAUGGACUCAGACACAUAUAUUAGAAAUAAAAGGAAUCAAUAUUCAGUGCCAAAAUAAAUUAUAAUAGAUGUUACAUAUAGAAUAAAAUAUUCAUAAUAAUGUUUAAUUUAAUUUAGAGACAAAAUUGUUAUCGUUUUCAAUUUUUCUAUAAAUUGCAGAUGUUUCGUUUAUUUAACGUAUAAUUUAUGUAACUGAAGCAAAUUGAAUUUAAUAGCAGUUUCAAAAAUUUACAACCUUAUUUACAUUCAAUUCAUUUUUGAACUCUUUUUCUGAUCGCAUAAAUUUAAUUGCUUUAUCAAACAGCAAGAAACGUCACAGGUUUCCCAAAAUUGAAAUUGAAAAAAAAGGUCAUAAUUACUUACGACUUUAAAAAUACACGUUGAAACGAUGUGAAACUGGACAAUAUGAUUUAAUACAGCUUGUCCCACAAGGUAUGCAGUGUCAUAAGUGACGUGUUCUAUCCGAAUGUUUACAGAUUCGGAUAGAGCACGUCAAGACGAGUAUUUUAAUAUACAACAUAUGAGGUUUCCGAAUAUAGCGUCAUAGUCUAAUUUACAUGAAGAACGUUAAUUACGAAUCCAAUACUUUCUAUUCCGAAUUACGAUGCAUACAAUGACUGCGCAACGUGGAAGCUUCCCUAGGUGACUAUGCAAAUUUCUGACAAUCAGUGAAAAGAAAAGUACAUCUGCAAGUUGAUAUGCACAUUCCGGACGCGCAUAUAUGACUAUCAAACAGGUUUGAUGAGACUCAGUUUCAUUUUCUCGCUAAGAAAUUAUUUUUUACUGUACGUAAUCGUUGUGGUUUUGAAAUGAGCAAAUAUUAGAAUGAGCAUUGUGUUUUCAUGGCGCUGACUUUUCAUAAUUGCAAUUACCAGCAACUAAAGCGAAAAAAUUCGGUAAUUCAUAACAUUUUCACAAUAGACUGAUCCCAUUAUGAAAACAGGCAAAGGUACAGAGUGGCCAUUUUGCUCCCUUGAUCUGAACCCGUCUGACGUUUUUUUAUGGGGGCAUCUGAAAGACACAGUGUAUCUCACACAGCCCUCAACAUUGGACGAAAUGAGAGCAGCAAUUAAAACCGAGGUCAAGUAAAUUGAAACAGAUGUUUUGCAAAAAACAAUUGAGAACUUCGCCAUGUCAUUUGUUCGAACUGCCAACAUUUCGAAAAUCUGUUGUAUUGAAAGUUCUCAAUGCAUAACACAAGCUUCACGCCUUAAUUAGACUAUGACGCUAUAUUUGGAAACCCCACAUGUUAAACAUUAAAUUACUCCUCUUGACACGUUCUAUACGAAUCUGUAAAUAUUAGAAGCUGCAUACAUUGUGGGAUAUCUAGUGUUUUUACUUGAGGAACUAAUUCAAAAAAAACUUAAAUUAAGUCUAAUGUUAAACCAAAACUUAAGAGUCUAAAUUUAAAAGAAUUAUCAAAAAUAAUUUCACUUAACUCAAAAUUGUAAAUGAAUAUAACUUGGGUAAAACACAGACCACAGAGUAAAUAGGAAAACACAUCUUA